CCGAAGGUUUUCAUGCCACGUGUAAGUUGCGGUACAGAAAUCACGUCUGAAUUCACGAUUGAAAUACAUUGCGCAUGAACAACCCAUGUGCCAACCAAAGUGGCAAUGUAUGUCACGAUUGGAAAAGAGUAAGAUGAGAAAUGGGAAAUACCAGCUGGGUUUCCACCCUUCAAGUUUGGAUGCCUAAAAAUAAAUAUAAGCGACGCCAAUCUAAGCAGAAACCCACGUGAGCGGAGUGGGUGAACAGGAGCAAAAGUUUUUUUUCAUCAGAGCUGGCAGCGAUCUAUUUGGAAUGAAGAAAUCUUUUUUCCGUCAUCCCACAUUUUAAUAAACGCUACUGAAUCGCUAUGCCUGCCGGAACAACUACAAACCUGGGCGACACUCCACCGGAUGGGGGCUGGGGAUGGGCUGUGGUGUUCGGAUCCUUCAUCUGCAUUGGGUUCUCCUAUGCUUUCCCUAAAGCUCUCACUAUCUACUUCAAGGAGAUCCAGGAAUUCUUCUCCAUCUCCUACAGUGAGAUUGCCUGGGUGUCUUCUAUUAUGCUGGCUACUAUGUAUGCUGGAGGUCCUGUGAGUAGCAUUCUGGUAAAUCGCUAUGGCAGCCGGCCGGUGGUCAUAGCUGGUGGGCUAAUGUGUGCGGCUGCUAUGGUAACUGCUUCUUUUGGAACUACCAUUAUGCAUUUGUAUAUAUGCAUUGGCAUCAUUGGAGGGAUGGGUCUUGCCUUCAACCUCCAGCCUGCCCUGACUAUAAUCGGCAAGUACUUCUUCAUCAAGAGACCAAUAGCCAAUGGCCUGACCAUGGCAGGGAGCCCUGUAUUCCUCUCUACUCUGGCUCCUCUCAAUCAGUUCCUCCUCGACAGUUUUGGAUGGCGUGGUGCGUUUUUCAUCCUUGGAGCCAUACUUCUGAACGGCUGUGUGGCUGGGGCUCUCAUGAGACCUAUCGGACCACAAAACCCAAACCCAAACAGGAACGGCAGCAGCACAGCCGCCAUGGAAGAUGGUAAAGUCUCCCAGGAUGUUGGUGUGCUGAGCGGAAAAGGUCAGCAACAGAGGACAGGAUGUGCAGACCGCAUCAACAAACUGAUUGAUCUCUCUCUCUUCAAACAUCGAGGCUUUCUCAUUUACCUUGUGGGGAAUGUGAUCAUGUUCUUUGGCUUCUUCGCCCCAAUCGUUUUCCUUGCCCCGUAUGCCCGACACUUAGGCAUCGAUGAAUACAGGUCUGCCUUUCUCCUCUCCAUCUUAGCCCUCGUGGACAUGUUUGCAAGGCCCGGGACAGGACUGUUGGCGAACACCAGGUGGAUCAGACCGCGGAUCCAGUACUUCUUCAGCUUGUCCGUAGCAUACAACGGUGUCUGCCACCUGUUGUGCCCUCUGGCGACAGGGUACGUUGGGCUGGUCAUCUACGCCAUCUUCUUUGGUGUGGCGUUUGGCAUGGUAUGUGCCUUACUCUUUGAAGUUCUGAUGGACAUGGUCGGGGCUCAGCGGUUCUCCAGUGCGGUUGGGCUUGUCACCAUCAUUGAAUGUGGACCUGUGCUUUUAGGACCACCAAUAGCAGGGGCACUGGUAGACAUCUUCAUGGAUUAUAAAUACAUGUACUACGCCUGUGGGGCAAUAAUGCUGGCUGCCGGAAUCUUCCUCUUCAUCAUGAACUUCUACAACUACAGGCGACUGGAACAGGAAGAGAAGGAAAAGCUAGCAGCAGCUGUGGAGUUUACAGCUGACAAUGAGCAGUCCACUUUGAACACAGCUGUGGAGGCUACAGCUGGCGAUGAGCAGUCCACUUUGAACACAGCUGUGGAGGUUACAGCUGACGAUGAGCAGUCUACUUUGAACACAGCAGAAGAGAAGAAAUCCCUGGAGGUUCCUGCUCAGGAAAAGAAGGAUGAUCCUCCAUGUACUUUUGAGACAGAAAGCUAAACUGCUGGAUAUCAGAAGAUGGUUCGCUGUCAGUUAAGCUAGCAACGAAAAAUGAACAAGGCUAGCUAGAUAAGCCAUUUGAUGUGGUGCAAGCAAGUUGCCAAUCUCUCUCCAAAAGUAUUGGAACAGUAAGGUCAAUUCCAUUGUUUUUGCUAUACACUGAAGACAAUUGAGUUUGGGAUCAAAAGAUGUACAAUACAUGAGAUGACAGAUCUGAAUUUCAGCUUGGUAUUUUUAUCAAGAUUUUAAACAAUUUAGAACAUAUUACAUUUUGUAUCAGACCACCCACCAGUCCAAGCUAUCUCCCAAAAGCAUUGGGGAUAGCUUGUACCAUAACCUGGAAUGUCCUGAAAAAUAAAUAGACCCCUGGCGUACUGAGCUACAGACAUUGAACAGGUCGACCAAGGAAAACAACAGCAGUUCAUGACAGAAACAUUGUGAGAACUGAAGAAAAACCCCAAAACAUCAAGAAGAAAGAAGGGAUCAGCUCAUGGUCCAAAACAUACGAGCAUGAUGAAGGAAGCACGAUGGAGGAAGUGUCAUGGCUUGGGCUUCCAUGGCUGCUUCUGGAGUGGGCUCACUAAUCUUUAUUGAUGAUGUAACUCAUGAUGGUAGCAGCAGGAUGAAUUCAGAAGUCUACAAAAACGUUCUGUCUGCCAAUUUAUGGAGAAAUGCGUCCAAACUAAUUGGGAAGAACCUUAUUGUGCAACAAGACUAUAACCCUAGAAAAGCAAAAAGCAAAAAGGAUGAAAUAGUUUGGUGAUUUCAAUGGGUCGCAGGCUUGAUGCAGUUAUUGCAAGCAAAGAAUAUGCUACCAAAUAUCAUGUGCUAUUUACUUUAAUUAAGAUAAAUACUCUCUGUUCCAGUACUUUUGCUCACAUAAAAAUUGGGUGGUCUGAUACCAAAGGUGCUGUGUUCGAACACAUCUAGGUGUAGAGACCAGGAAAUAAAAGCUGAAAUUCUUUUCUUUUGUCGCGUGUUCCUGUUUAUAUCUCAACCCAAAAUGUAUUCAGUGUAUUGCAAAAACAAAGGAAUUGCUGUUCCAAUACUUUUUGAGGGAGCUGUAUAUUUUUAUCAAUUAGCCACAUUUUUAAUUUGUCAUAGAUGGAAAAAGGCGUUCAAUUUCAGUAUGAAUUUAAUCAAUAUAACAAAACAUUUGACCAGUUUUCUCAGUAUUGAUUAUAAAACAUGAAGAGUGAAGACAUUCACAUCAAAAUAAUUCAUGCCUUUAACAAUGUGGUACAUCCCUCAAAGUGGCUUUUGGAGUCCUUGACAUACAGUACUUCUGGAAUCAGCAAGAACAACUGACAGGGAGAUUCCAGAGAGAAAGGGGUAAUAGGAUGUGUCUUUGAAGAAAAUGUCUGAAGAAAAUGGAGGACAACUGGUGGAAUUUAGGUUUUUAAUUUUUUCAUUAUGUAUAGUUACUUCUAAGCACAUCACAUUCAAAUAUAUUUUAUAACUUUAAAAUAAAACAAAAAAUAAUUAAUGGGUUUGAGAACUUUCUGAAUGCACUGAAUGUCUUUUCUAAUCCGGAUCUUGAUAAGGUGUAAUAGGGAAUGUGGCUGGCAGUUUUACACCAUGUUCAAUUGGCCAGUCAGCCUGUAACUGUACUGUACAUUUGACCUUGUGGACCAGGUGAAGUCUGUGGUUCCCAAACUCAGUCCUGUGGACCCUAUUCCUACCAGAGUAUUUAAAUUUUUUUAACACAAUUCACUUUUGCUUUCUUGUUGAACUGAUGUUCAACUCAUGUUUUUUUUUUUGGUUCAGACCGAAAGUAGUCUUGAUAUUUAAUCAACAUUUCUCCUUAACCUUUGACUAACAAUGAAACGCAAUGACUAAAAGUGACCAAAAGUGCAAUGUUCACUGGAAGUCAAAGCUAAGUGCAAAUGUUGAUUACUCCAGGCCUGUCUGUCAUUUAAAAUCUAAUUUUAGUUAUUAAAAAAAAGUUUUUGUUUUAUUAGUCAUAAAACAAAAAAAGAAAAGAAAGGCUGUAUUUCAAUUGCUUAAAAACUCUGAAAACUCCUAAAAGUUUGCAACUAUGUUUGGAAGGAAAACAGGCGUACAGGCCCAGGACAGGAGUUUGGGAGCCACUGGGAUUAGGGCAUUAGAUCUUUUGACUGCUCUCUUUCAGGGUAUUUGUAUUUGGUUAAAAUAGUCAUUUAUGCAAAUGUUCUAAUGUUCCAAUAAAGAGCAACAU